CCUCACGUCUCUGGCUGUCUUCCACCUUUCACUUUCUCGUGGCGGCAAAGUGUUCUCGCGAGACUUUGGGCCCACUAUUAGCUGGGUGGUGAGAAAGGCCCAUCCUUUUCUUCCGCGAGGCGGUGGAGGUACUAGCUGUUUAAGGUAGCAUUUGUUCAGAGAAACCACAUCAUGUUUGCCAAAUUGUCGGAAAUCUGAAUAAGUGACGAAUAAGAGUUUGGAGAGGGACGUGGAGGAUACGUAACAGGAAUGGAUUCUCUGAACCCUGUAAUGGCAUCUGAUUCAGUUGUGGAAAUUGAAAAUCACAGUGAUAAUUCUUCAUCUGGUAGCAGCUUAUUUAAAACUCAGUGUGUCCCUUCCCCACCUAAAUGGAGGCAAAGAAACGCGAUUAGGAAAUUUGUUUAUUCAGCUGAAAGUGUUGAAGCAAGGGAUUCAUCAUCUAGUGACUCAUCUUUAGAGCCAAGACCAUUGACUUUAAAAGCUAUUUUUGAAAGAUUCAAAAAAAAGAAACGUAAAAAGAGGAAAUCCAAGCCAAGAGGAAAACCAAGGGAAAGACCAAAAGGGAGACCGAAAGGAAGAAAAAACACUAGACGUUCUCAAAUAAAUAGGAAACAAGUUAGAGACAAAGGAUCUGGGUUUCCGUUUUUAGAAUCCAAGAAUGGAAGAAAACCAUUACCUUGGAGGAAGAUUUUAACCUUUGAGCAAGCAAUGGCAAGAGGAUUUUUCAACUACCUUGAAAAACUGAAGUAUGAAUACUACCUCAAGGAAUCCUUGAAACAAAUGAAUGUCAGUGAAGAUUUAGAAAAAGAAGAUUUUGACAGUCGUAGAUACAAAUACUUGGAUGAUGAUGGAUCUCUCUCUCCUAUUGAGUCAGAGGCAGAGGAUGAGGUUGCAGUUGAACGUGAUGAUGAAUGUGAUAUCAAAUUGGUGGACCAUAAUUGUUUCAUAGAUUUUCACUUGAGAGCACAAUGUCUGGACUUUAAGAACUAUGUGUUAGAUCUGUGGAAAGAACUACAAGACAUCUAUCUGCUAAAACACUGGAAGACCUAAUGGUCAAAUUUUUUAAAUCUUAGGUAUUGGAAUAUCCCAAGAAUCUGUACGGUUCUAGGGUGUACUAGUUUAGGUAAGUUUUUAUUGGGGACACGGACAUCUUGGGGGCACCAUUACAGUUCAAAUGAUGAAUUUAACUGUUCAACUGCUGAAUGAUACAGACAUGAACUAAAACUUGAUUCUGACAGAGCUGAUGAUAGCUUAAAAAAAACACAUGGUUGUUAACUUGUAUACUAAGCAUCUUUUACAUUUUAGUCACAUGCUUACAUUGUCCUUAAUCUUUUGUUAUUUUAU